UCAGGACUGCCGCGUGAUGGUCGUCGGGCCGCGCUACAUGAAGCUCAAGUCAACCAUCGCCUUUCGCGCCGGACUCCCCUACAAGUACCUGUUCGAUGAGGAGAUGCUGAAGAUGGAGGAGUCGGGUGUGAUCGACUCGAUAAGGCGGCGAUGGCGGAAGCGGCUGCCCGAGUGCUCGCUGCCGACCAACACCGCCAUGUCCUUCGAGCAGGUGAGCACCGCCUUCCUCGCCCUCAUGCUGGGGGGGUGCGCGGCCGUCGGUCUCCUGCUGGGGGAACGCCUGGCCUCAUCCAAGAGAGUGGCGGCGCUGCGUUCGAUCGCCGUCUCGCCGACCUCAAAGCUCCGCUCGCGCUGGCACUGAGCGAACCUGG